AUGGCACCAGUACUUUGGUGGUGGAAGGCUCCAGCUGCACGUGAUGAAUUGGCUCGAGCGAGAGCUCCCUCCCUCCCAAGUGCUCUCCUCGCUUACUGCCACCUGUCCCACGAACUGCCUGGGGCCCACACACCGCCUAACGGGGGGCCACGACUUGCUGUUGCUGCACCGCCAGGCCACAUCUUGAGAAUCCUCCAGCUCAUCAUCGCGAAACGACACUGGAAUUGGCACCCACCACCCUCCCCAGUACUCCUUUUCCACGGUGAUGCCAGGCUGUGGCUCCCUCUCCCUCUGAACUCGACAGCUUUACCGCCUCUCCACCGUCUCCGUCCAGCUGGCAAUUGGGCUCUGCUAUUGAUCCAAAAACCCAACAAGCACUGCGAGGCAUCCCACCUCCUGGCUUGA